AAAUCCUCCAAAAAAACCGGCGGUGUAUCCUUCAGCAAUGCCGUCGAAGGUCACCUGGCUGCCCCAGCAGCCGCCGUGACGCCGGGAGCAGCCACGUCAGCAUCAGGGUCAGCGUCAGUGUCGGCGUCGGGAGCCUCGGUCGGCACGCAGUCGGCCGCCGCAGCCCUGGCGCUGCUGCGCAGCGGCAACCCACACCGCGCGGCGCAGGGCGCCAAUGAGCUGGCCCGGCUGGCGGCCGCCAGCAGCAGCGGCGCGCAGCAAGUCGCGAACGAGCCCGGCGCGCUCGAGGCGCUCGUCGCGGCGAUGGGAGACCCUGGGACGGUGGCCGGCGCAGCCGCGGCCCUCAACGGCCUCUGCCGCAGCAGCGCGCGCCUCCAGGUCUCCAAGACCCGCGGCAUCGUGCCGGCGCUCGUGUCGGCGCUCGGCGCCGGCGCGCCGGCGCACGCGGCGCAGUCGCUCGAGGCGCUGUCGAGCAAAGUAGAUGGGAUGCUGCUGCAGGUCGCCGACACCCCUGGCGCCCUACAGGCCCUCGUCGGCGCACUGGGCCGCGCUGACUCAGCGUACCACGCCACCUGGGUCCUCGGCAACAUCGCCGCCGCCGGCGCCGACGCGCGCGCGCGCAUCGCCGACGCGCCUGGCAUGCUGCCCGCGCUCGUCGGGGCGCUGCGCGGCGCGCACUCGGACGACGCGGCCGAGUCGGCCGCGCGGGCGCUGCGCAAGCUCACGGCGGCACACGACGAGAAGGCAGUCAUCAAAAAGGUUGCGCAGGCUGACGGCAUGCUACCCGCCGUCGUCGCGGCGCUGGGCAAGCCGCGCAGCGCGGCUUCCGCCGCGGCCGUGCUGCACUCCAUCUCGCUCCUCCCGGGCGCCCCGCCCUGCGCCGUCGGCGAGACGGCUGGCGCGCUGCGCGGGCUGGUGGCGGCGCUCGGCACCCCGGACGCCGCGUUCGACGCGGUCCGCGCGCUCGAGAACAUCACCCGGGCCGCCCCCCGCCUCCAGCCCCAGAUCGCCGCCGUGCCUGGCGUGUUGCCGGCGCUCGCCGCGCUCCUCGCCACGCCGCGGGACGGCGUCAUCGCCGCCGCCAUCCUCACGCGCCUGGGCGGCGGGGACGACGCCCACAAGCGCGCCAUUGCGUCGGCGCACGGCCUGGUCGCGGCCGCCGUGGCCGCCAUGGAAACCGACGACGCUCGAGGCCGCGGCGCGGCCAUGGUGCUCAACACGAUCGUGCCCGUCGCGUCGGGGCGCAUCGCGGACACGCACGGCGCCCUGGCCGCGUUGGCCGCGGCGACGUGGUGGGUCGGCAAGCCCAAGAACACCUCCAACGUGGCGAUGGCGAUUAUAGAGAAGAUGGCAGCUUCCCAAGAGCCCGGGGUGGUGCACAAAAUCGCAAGGGCCGAGGGGAUGCUCGGAGCGCUGGUGGCGGCGCUCGGGCGGGCGCACACCGUGGCCGCGGCCGCGAGGGUGCUGGCUGUCAUCGCCGACGACGCUGACAUGGCGGCCGCGGCCGCGGCGGCUGUGGCGGCGGCGCUGCGGCAGGCGCCCGCGUGA